AGUGUUAAAUACGGCUAGCCCCGCUCAGAUCUCCGGCUCCUGCACUGCACUCAGCCGAAACUGAUACCAGAUCCAAAGCCAUAUCCACUAUCCAGUGCUAGCUCCACCAUGAUCUCCCCACGCCCCACACUCUCCCCCGGCUUCUUCUCCCGUUCCGUGUCCUUUUCCCGCUCCGCUUCCUUCUCACCCUCGCCGCCUUCCUCGCCGGUUGCCCAGCCUCCGCCGCUCCUCUCGGCCCCGUUCGCCCGGCCCAGCGCCACCUUCUCCCGCUCUGCCUCCUUCUCCACUUCUGCCACCGCCGUUUCCACGCUGGAGCGCGGCGCCUCCGACACCUUCUACGACGUUCUUGGCCUCGACGCCGGCGCCAGCUGCCGGGACAUCAAGGCUGCCUACCGCCGCCUGGCGCGCGCCGUCCACCCGGACGUGUCCCCGCAUCCCGCCGCCUCCGCCGACGAAUUCAUACGCGUGCACGCCGCCUACAGCACGCUCUCCGACCCCAGCAAGCGCGCCGACUACGACCGCGGCAUGACCAUGAUCCCCUCCGCAGUCGGCCGCCGCUGCGCGCCCAACCUCACCCGCUCGCCGUCGUUCCCCGGGAGCCGCCGCCGGACCUGGGAGACCGACCAGUGCUGGUGACCACCCCCUUGUCGUCGAGGUCGGAGCUGGCCAUCUUUGCGGCCGGCUGGGAGUAGCUUCGCGUGUCUCCCCGGCCGGGCAGUUAGAAAUGCCAAGAUUCCCGCAGCUAGCUCACCUGUGGACUUGUGCUAGUGCCGCGUCACUACGCUUCUAGAAUAAGCAGUACGUGCAUGCUUGUAAGAGUGGAGUACUUGUUUUGCUUAGAAUCGUCUACCACUACUAGUAAAACUGUACAAUUAGUCGGGCACGCCUUGCUGUGGCUUGUAGAAAAAACCUAAAUAUGUGUAUGGUGCGUGUGACGUCCGUCUAUAUUGAAGUUUAUGCAUGGCUUGAAGUGGUGAUUACUA